CAGAAAAAUCGGAAGCGCCGUCACUAGGGUUUUCACUUUUCGCCAUUCGUCCAAACGGUUGUUGCAUAGAGAGAAAAUGAAUGAACAAGGUGACGAUUUUGAUGCGGUUGGAAACAUUCCAAAUCCAAGCGGAGCUGAAAAUGGUGAGGGUGAUCAUAUGAUUGAUGCUACGUCUGGUAAUAAUGAUCAAGAUGGUGGAAGGAUGAGGAGAAACCAUAGACACACUGCUUAUCAGAUUCAAGAACUUGAAAAUUUCUACUUGGAAAAUUCUCUUCCUACUGAGGAUCAGAGGUACGAACUUGGACAAAGGCUUAAUAUGGAGCCUAAGCAAGUCAAGUUUUGGUUUCAAAAUAAACGAUGCCAGAUGAAGAUCAAUAGUGACCACCUUGAGAACAUAACUCUUAGAGAAGACCAUGACAGAUUGCUAGUAACUCAGCAUCAGCUUAGAAGCGCAAUGCUACAUAGUUUAUGCAACAUUUGUGGUAGGGCAACUCAUUGCGGAGACAUUGACUAUGAGAUCCAAAUACUUAUGGUUGAGAAUGCUAAAUUGGAGCGGGAGAUAGACCAGUACUAUUCCAAAAUCCGUUCCCAUCCCAAUCAAAUGCUGGUCAAUCCAUUCCAACCGGCGCCGCAUUGUUCUUCCUCUAAUCCAGGAAUAAAUGCAACACCAGAACUUGGUUUGGGUGGUGGAACUAGGGCGACUGAGAAGGAGAGAUCAAUGUUUUUGAAUCUUGCCAUUACGGCUUUGAAAGAGUUGAUUGAGUUGGAAGCAAAGCACUGUCCAUUUGGGAAGAUAGAUUCAGGAAGCUCUAAAGCAGUAUCAUUGAUCUAUGAGAAGUAUGAAAAUGCUUCCAACAAUGUCAUAAAACCUCCCGGGCAUGUUGUGGAGGCUUCAAGAGACACAGGUUUAGUCCCCAUGACUUGCUUGACUCUGGUCAAGACUUUUAUGGACACGGGAAAAUGGGUCAACGUGUUUGCACCUAUUGUGCCUGUGGCAUCAACCCGUAAAGUGAUACCUACCGGUUCUGGUGGAACCAAAAGUGGCUCACUCCAACUGAUUCAAGCAGAAUUUCAAAUAAUUUCUCCGCUGGUACCAAAGAGACAAGUAACGUUUCUUAGAUACUGCAAAGAGCUCAGACAAGGCUUCUGGGUGGUCGUCGACGUUACUCCUGAUCAAAAUCCGACUUUGCAGUCUGAUGGUGGUUCUAAUAGGCUACCCUCAGGCCUUUUCAUAGAGGACAUGGCCAAUGGGUACUCCAAGGUUACAUGGAUUGAACAAGCGGAAUAUAAUGAGAGUCACAUCCACCCACUCUACCAGCCUUUGAUUGGCUCUGGGAUCGGGCUAGGCGCAACGAGAUGGCUGGCGACGCUGCAGAGACACUGCGACAGCAUCUCGACCCUUUCGUCUACUAACUUAGCUGAAAUUAGCCCAGGAUUGUCUGCAGAAGGUGCAGCUGAAGUAGUGAAGCUAGCACAGCGAAUGACUCUCAACUACUACUCAGGUAUCAUGAGUUCUUCGGGGAACAAGUGGGAGAAAAUCCAGGUAGAGAAUGUGGCACCAAACUUGAGUUUCAUGAUCCGAAAGAACUUGAAUGAGCCUGGUGAGUUUAGUGGGAUUUUGCUGAGUGCAGCCACUUCUGUUUGGUUCCCAGUGAACCAGAAAGCACUUUUUGCUUUCCUUAGCAACCCAAGUUUCAGACACGAGUGGGAUACCUUGAUCCAUAAUACUACCAUGGAAGAAACAAUCCGGAUUCAGAAAGCAAAACGCCAUGGAAACAUCAUCUCUCUUCUUAAAGCCGGGAAUGGUAUGCUAGUUCUGCAAGAGAUUUGGAAUGAUGCAUCGGGUGCAAUGUUGGUGUAUGCACCAGUGGAAACCAAUUCAAUUGAGUGGGUCAAGAGAGGUGGAGAAUCAGAUCAUGUGCAGCUUCUUCCUUCGGGAUUUUCGAUAAUGCCAGACGGAGUACCUGAUCGUAAAGGAAAAAGCAAAACUGGUGGUGGUGGAGGAUGUCUACUGACAUUUGGAGUUCAGCUCUUGUUUAGCAGGAAUCCAACUGCGGAACUCCCUCAAGGUUAUGUCAAAACUGUUGAGGUUCUCAUGGUUCACACUAUUGGCAAGAUCAAAUCCGCGUUACGUAGACUAACAUAAACAUGGAUCGGCUUCUCCAGUUUCUGUUUUUCGACAUUGGCAUGUGCCAAUAGUUUGCUUUUCCAAUCAAGACUCCUCCGGAUUUAAGGUUUUAUGUGUUUGUUGAACUGUUAUUCUGUUUGCUGGGAUACUCUUGUUUCCU